CUGGGUCUUGGAUGUAGUAACGGUCAUUUCUUGUAUCGGUAUCCUUGUUUCUCAUGAUACUUAUACUUUGGCUUCAUUCUUGAAAUGCCUAUUAUUUGCGCGCGUUUUAUACUCAGCCACUCUUAGGCAGCUUCAUCACGGACCAGAGUGGUUUAUCCUACUACUGCUUCAACAAACAGUAUAUGAUCAGCGAUAUUAUGUUUAGUGCUAUACCUUGAAGAGCUUCCCAUUUCCUCGAACGCCCCUGGACACGGUUGCAUGUCUUUACAUCGACAGCUAUGGUCUCGCAAGGCUUCGAAAAAAGCUUCCAAAGGCAACUCGCGAGUCAGUCAUGGACAUUGUACGGCAUUGGAAUGUUCAUAAUAUGUACGCGAACGUUCGCACGAUGGCGUCGAGUACGAAGCCUGAGCCAAUUCGCAGCAGACGAUUGGAUUAUGAUUACAGCCGUACCUCUAUUCUAUACGGGCCUUGUAGUUUGUUUAAAUGUUAUUGCGACGGGAGGUGGCAGCAAUCUGUUUCCACCAGAGCAGUUCUCUUCGUUCACACAAGAAGACAUUGAGGAGCGGAUAAAAGGAUCCAAGAUUGUCAUCGUCUCAGAGCAGUGCAUGCUGAAUGUUAUCUGGACACUCAAAGCAUGCAUGCUUUUCAUGUUGGCGCGUAUGGCUUCAGGAACAAGACAUAUCAAAUGGAUCCGUUUCGCCGCAGCGUGGGUUAUAGUCGGCUGGGUCGCGGUACAGAUCGCUUUCUUCGCUGCAUGCCGGCCUUUCAGAGGAUACUGGGGCAUGCCACCCUCGAAUCCUCAAUGCACGACCCUCGAACACUUUGCGAUAGUUCAGGCUUGCUUCAAUCUCAGUAGCGACUUGCUGAUUAUAGCCAUUCCGAUUCCCAUCGUCGUCGCGCUAUCUCUUCCACUCAAACAAAAGCUCGGGCUAGGCUUGCUGUUCAGCAUGGGUACCUUCGUCAUUAUCGCAGCCAUCUUAACGAAAGUUUAUAACCUUUCCGACGUCUAUGAUACCGCAUAUAUGCUGUGGUACACACGCGAAGCCUCCGUUGCUGUUUAUGUCGCCAACCUACCUGGGAUCUGGCCCCUCUUGCGUGAACACAUCCGAGUCCUACGUGAUCAUUCGAACAGCUAUAUCACUGGUGCUUCAAAAACACCGAAAUAUGGGUACGGGUCUCAGUAUGGAAAUCUAUCGAAAGGUCCGCGUAGCCGCGUACGCACAUCCACAAACCUCGAAUCGGACGAAAUCGAGCUGGGUGUGAGUUAUGAUCAAUCGGAUGUACAGAGUCUACAUUCGAAUGAGAAAUCGAAGGCUGAUGAGAGGGCGAAUCCGUUUAUGAGUAUUACGAUCUUGGGGAGACCAAGUCAGGAUAGUGAUGAGCGGGCGCUGAAUGAGGCGACCAACGGCUGGAAGCAAUUGGAUGUCAUGGAAGUGCAAGUCGAUACGAAGGUUGAAAUACACAGAGAUAGUUGGGAUGGGUCGAAGAUGGAAGCGGGGCAGUCGAGAGUAGUGAAGAUUGAGGGGCCAGAGGGAGUAGUUGUUGGGAGGAGGUGAUGAAGCUCACUAAUGCCAUUGAGCGCUCAAUUAUAUUUAGCGGUACCUUCUUAUGAGUGCAUGUUAUGCUUUAAAAGAAUGCGAUUAGGUGAUUAGAUGCCAGACGCUUUCCGAUCGAUGCUCUAUAUCGGCUUUUGAAGAUACUUGCGCAAAACUGUUGUUUCCCGGCAAGAAGGACUGGCUUUUGGCUUUGGGUGUCAAAUUAAACAGGAAAUUUGAG